AUGAAGUCAGACGAAGAUAUCCAGAAUGAAUGUGAUUUAUUGAAAGCUGAAGAGUUCGAAGUUUUGCAAUCGAUGUUUGAUGAUAGAGAGUUGCAAUUUCUGCGAGACCAUGAAACAUCGGUUCUCAGUUCCAACCUUGUUUUCAAGAAAGCAUUAGACAAUGUGAAGAUUGAGCUUCAUUUCACUAUUCCUUCUUCCUAUCCUAUUAAAGAACGUCCGUCUGUAUUCAUACAAGGGUCGAAUCUUCAAAAUGAGCGGAAAAUCAAUAAUGAUCUUAAAGAAUGGAUUGAUACUUUAGAUCUAGAAAUUCCCAUUAUAGCUGAUAUCAUUAUGUGGCUUAAUGAUCAUGCUGAGGAGUUCGAACUAAUUAAUAAUCGAAGUUCAUGCCCUACUCCUCCGGCACAAGAAACAUAUUCCCGUUUUUAUAUAUACAGUCAUCAUUUAUACAGUUCCAUCAAGAGAAGUGACAUAAUGAAAUUGUCGAGAAACUACGAUCUAAAAGGUUUUUCGACUCCUGGCAAGCCCGCUGUUAUCAUUGUUGAAGGAAAAGCUUCGAGCUGCCAAAAUUUUUAUAACGAGAUCAAAUCUUGGAAUUGGCAACGCCUUGUCCUUAGGAGCACAGGUCAAACAGACCUGGGAGAGAAAGAUUUGAAGUUUCAAGAUUUCCGAGAAGUGAAUGCCGCAGGGGCCAAUAAUAAACAUGUGAAUACGGGUGAAAUCAAGAAAAUUCUCGAAUCUUCGGGAUUAGGGGAAAUGUUCGAUGACCUUUACAAUCUGUAG